AUGGUCACGACAUUUGCAAACCAGCGUGACUUAGUGUUCACUCCACUCAGUUUGGAGGAACGUCAACGUCAAACGACUGUCCAAAGUUUGGCUACGCGGAUCAGUGGUCCUGGAGCUACUUCUCCCGAGGAAGAGGCAAGUGACCAGACACUUCGUGAGAUGUACCUUGAGCUAUAUCUGGCAGCGCAAAGUCAAUCUAAGGCACGAACUGAUACGCAAGCACGUGGUACACCAGCUCCACCGAUUCAGGGUUCACUUAUUCACUUGCUCGCAGGCGAGACAACAGACAAAGAAGACAACUGCUUCUGUCUCUGGGUGUCUAGCACUCGUUGCUUCGUCAGUAUGUACGCUUGGAAGGCUAGUGUAAGUGUGUUUGGUGUUUUUCUCAAGCCCAAGCUUCGGUAUGAUAACACCAAGCUUAGAGACAGAGACCAAUUGUGCAAUCGCACCCGCUAUGCUUCGGCUACUACAGACGUCGCUGUUGCUGGUCGUUCUGUGUCCGACAACAAGCCAAACUACACCACGAGUGGUGAAAAACGGCCUCGGUCUCGAGAUGACUGGCCACGAUUGCUGAAAACAUCCUCGGCGUAG